AUGGUAUUUGCUGACUAUGGUCCACACUUGCGCAACGUACGUGCCUUGUGCGUUCGAGAGAUUCUGAGUAAAAGUGCUCUCGAUUCAUUCUCAACUCUUCGCCAACAGGAAGGCGCGAGGUUUGAUCUUCAAGGUGUAGAACGACGUCUGAAAGAGCUAAUUUCGUGGUUAGACCCGUUCUUCGAAUCCAUGAUUGAUAAGAGGAUGAAACUUGAUCAGGAGAUAAAACUAAAUGGAGAUCAAGAUGGUAAGGAGAACAAAGUCAAGGAUUUCUUACAAGUCUUUCAACAACUUCAAGACCAAGGAGAUUCCAAAGUUCCUUUUACCUUUACCAACCCCAAGGCCUUGUUCAUGAAUUUGGUGGUCGGAGGCACAUAUACAAUAGGAGGGGAAGUAGAAUGGGCGAUGGCCGAGUUGAUAAAAGAGCCCAAGAUCAUGAAAAGAGCCUUAGAAGAGUUGGAAAAUGUUGUAGGGAAAAACAACAUUGUAGAAGAAUCUCAUAUACCCAAUUUACCUUAUUUGGGUGCAAUCAUAAAAGAAACAUAUCGCUUGCAUCCCCGAGUACCGCUAUUGGUUACUAGGUGUCCAAGUUCAACGUGUAACGUGGGAGGUUAUGUGAUCCCUAAAGGAGCUCAAGUUCUUAUGAAUGCAUGGGAAAUCCAAAGAGACCCCAAAUAUUGGGAUGAUCCAUUAGAAUUCCAUCCAGAGAGGUUCUUGCAAAAAACUAGCAAGUUCGAUUUUAUUGGGACGGAUUUCCGAUAUAUUCCAUUUGGUUCUGGCACGAGGAGAUGUAUAGGUGUUCCUUUAGUGGAAAGGAUCGUUCCUUAUGCAUUAGCUUCUUUUUUGCACUCAUUUGAAUGGAGAAUGCCAGAAGGUGCAGAGGUUGAUCUUUCAGAGAAAUUUGGUAUUGUUUUGAAGACAAGUACCCCGUUAACUGCAAUUCCGUUGCCAAGGUUAUCUGAUCCAAACCUCUAUGCCAAGAAAGAGUACUAG